UCUUGUAGGUGGUGAUACUGUGAUUAUCAAAAUGCAAAUCAGUGCUAUUUUAAUCUGUUUAUUAGUGAUUCAGGGUUCACAAGUCCACGCGACCUUCAAACGGGGUAUCCUAGAAUGCGUUGAGGAGUCGAAAGUCAGCCCUCAAUUGGUUCUCCAGGUGACAUCAGGCAACUGGGAUGUUAGAGAAGAUUAUCGAUUGAAAGUAUGGGCUUUAUGUUUACUCCUUAAAGCUAAGAUGAUGUCUAAAGACGGCGUCUUCCAUUUAGAUGUUGCUCUUACUGGAGUUCCUGAAAAUGAGAGACGCACCGUUGACAAAGCUAUUGACGAUUGUCUGUACAAAACAAUCCACAAACCCGAAGAAACAGCUUGGCAUUUCCUCAGAUGUUAUCACAAAAAUCAUCCAAAAUACUCAUUUUUGUAG